CAAACACGGAAAUGAUUGAAGACAAACGGCUGGUUGCAGGCAUGAGAUUUCAGUAACAUCAACCUUAUCGGAAGAAGCUAAAUACAAAUACAGCUUGCUGUAACCGUUAUUCUUUUUUUGUCGUAGUUUACACUGAAACUAUACGAACAAACUUUAGCAGCAAGUAGCAAACGGCUAAUGUCGACCGGUUUUGAGAUAUCUUAGCUAGCUAGGAUAGAAUAGCUAGCGAUAGCUAGAUAGUGUCGAACGAUUGGGCAACGGAAGCGAAAUAAUGUUUACCAGCUGAUUUACAAACCCGGUGUUAUCCAGGCGUUUCCACGUACUAUUUUCCUCCAGCAAUGGAUGGGGUUAUGACCAAUAAGUUGAUGAAGGAGGCCUUUGUCAGCAAUCUGAAUGGCACAACUUUGGGAGAAGUUGCUUUUGGAUCCUUUGUAGCACCUCUGUGUGUACUGAGCAGAGGGUUGUUUCUGAUCCUUUAUCAUCUCAACAAAGGGACUCUACCACGUUCCUGGAAGUUUCACUUUCUGUUAGACUUUACCUUCCUCAUACUUCCCUUGGUCCUGUUAUCCUCAUUGUUGAGUGGUGUGCUUUAUCGUAUUAUCAUAGGCGUUGCCCUUAUUGAUAUUGGUGUACUCUUCCAAGUAUAUCAGAAGAGGAAACGGUCAGCAUCAUUACUUGAUGAAUUGAGGAGGUUUCUACAGAGCAAAGUUGAGACUAAUUUGGUACCAUUUAUAACUGUUUUUAGAGUGCAAGUUAAUGUAAAAACAGUUUUAUGCAUUCUGGCAGUUGACUUCAGUGUGUUCCCCCGACGCUAUGCAAAAACAGAAACCUAUGGAACAGGCGUCAUGGACAUAGGUGUGGGAGCUUACAUACUUGCAAAUGCAAUUGUCUGUCCUGAGGCCCGAAGCAAAGAAAAGAAAGGGUCCAAUUUCAGCCAUGUUGUAAGACAACUGUGGUCUGUCUGGCCCUUGGUUUUGCUUGGGAUGGCAAGGUUGAUUAGUGUAAAAAUGUCAGGAUAUCAAGAGCAUGUGACAGAGUAUGGAGUUCACUGGAACUUUUUCUUCACCUUAGCCAUAGUAAGAGUCGUAGCAUCUGUGCUAUUGGCUAUAUUUCCUGUCAACAAAUCAUGGCUUUUAGCUGCUUUGAUUUGUGGAAUUUAUCAGGUUGUCCUAGAGACAACUGGCCUGAAAACCUUCAUUAUUCAUAGUGAUGACAGGACUGGGAGUUUUCUUGCUGCUAACAGAGAAGGUGUCUUCUCUGUUUUUGGCUAUGUCGCUAUUUACAUGGCUGGGGUGCAAAUUGGACUGUACAUAAUGGAAACAAGACUACUGAUAAAACAAUGGUUUAAAGUUAUUCAGAAUCUACUAAUUUCAAGUUGUGUAUUAUAUGUGAUCUUAUACUUCUGCCAAACACACAUAGAACCUGUUUCACGUCGGAUGGCCAACCUGCCUUACUGUCUCUGGGUCAUUGCUGAGUGUUUGUUUUUCCUGACUUGUUUAACUGUUGUCGACGUUGUUUUACUGUUUGCAAAAUCACUGACAAAUUGUUACGUUGUUCCAUCCUCAUGGAACAUGCAUCAAGAUGUUGAAUUGAAGAAAGCGAAUCUUAGAGCAGAAAUGGAAGGCUUGUGCCUUAUUCAAUCUGUGAACCGAAAUCAACUUGUAUUUUUCAUGCUUGCAAAUCUAAUGACUGGACUUACAAAUGUAAUUGUAGAUACUGUCAGUAGUAAUGAUUUGUUUUCCGUGUUUGUCUUGCUGAUGUACAUGUUUAUUAAUAGUACACUCAUUUUCAUAUUACACCGCAAAGGAAUUACAUUGAAGUUUUGGUAGUCCCUCUCACACAACAGGGAACGUUUGUAUAUAAAAAGAUACCUGUCAACCCAUCAAGAGUAAAAAUCAACAGCAUGUGUUGUAUAUAUGCUGCUGCACUAACUAUGAAGAUGGUUGAACAUCUGACAUUUUGUGACUUUCAUUCACAGCAAAUGCUUCUCUAAAGGAUUGCAUUUGGGAUGCAUAUAAGGACCCAUAAAUGUGACCUACUGAGGAAUACAAGUAUGCAUGCAGUGUCAGAGGAAAAAAUGCACUUGAAAAGCUUUGCUAGAAGCCAGAUUUUGUCAUGUUUGUGUAUAGGAAAUCAUUUUCCUGCAAAGUAAUGUCAGAAAAGGGAACUGAAAGACAUUGUUCAAACGAGUCAUAAAUCUAGCAUUAUGUUGUACAUUUUUUUUGGCGUGUUAUCGCCCCCACCUGGUCAAUAAAGGAGAAAUACCGUACUUUUUACUGUCUCUUCUUUAAUCUUUUUGAAAUGUUCUUUUGAGGUAUGAAAAAUAAACAUUUACAGCGAAACACCAUGA